ACCGGCCCCAGUGGUCGCACCUGAAUGACGUAAGGCGGACGUUUCCAUCAUGGCGGCGGAAGGCGGUGAGGAGCUGAGCGGCAACGGGGACUUCGAAGAGUCUUCAGCCAUGGAGGCUUCUGAAGUUCCUCCACCGCCUCCAAUUGAGAUGGUUGAGAUGUCUGAAGAGGACAACAGUGCUGCCGCAUCCUCUGAAGCUCCCGCGGGCCUCGACCCUGCUCCCUUUUCUAUACCUCAGGCUGCAGAUGAGGAGGAGGGAGGACUGCCUGCUGACUUUGAGCGUCUGUGGAAGGCUUCCAAUGACAAUCCUCAAGACUUUACCAGCUGGACUGAUCUGCUGCAAUACUGUGAGCAAGAGAAUCACAUCACAGCGUCACGCCAAGCACUAGAGGCUUUCCUCACUCGCUACCCACUCUGUUAUGGCUACUGGAAGAAAUUUGCAGAUCUGGAGCGUCGUGCAGGAUACAACAGCAAAGCAGAGGAGGUUUGUGUUAAGGGUCUCCAAGCAAUUCCACUGAGUGUAGAUCUGUGGAUCCACUACAUCAAUCUGCUGCUUGGCACUCUGGAUAUGAACCUGCCUGAGUCGCCACAGCGGAUUCGCAGUGUGUUUGAGGAUGCAGUUGUGGCAGCAGGUCUGGAGUUCCACUCAGACAGGCUUUGGGAUUUGUAUGUUGAGUGGGAGAAAGAGCAGGGGAACAUGAGGAACGCAGCAGCCGUCCUGGACAGAGUCCUCAAAGUCCCCACUCAGCUCUACAACACACACUAUGACAAGUUCAAGGAGCAUCUGAACAGCCACGAGCCCAAAGAGGUGCUGUCCCCGGAAGAGUACGAGGAGCUGAGGACGCUGUGUCGUCAGAGUCAGAAGGCAGAGCGUGCUGAACAGGCCCAGGAGGAGAAGCAGGAAAGGCCGCCAGGGGAGGAAGAGCCUUCCACACCUGAGGGCACAGAUUCAGAGGAACUGAUACAGAAGAUAAGGGAACAGGUGCUGCUUGGUAGGGAUAAAGUCUACCAGGACAACGAGGGAGAAGUCCGCCAGAGAUGGAACUUUGAAGAUUCGAUUAAGCGGCCAUACUUUCACGUCAAGUCACUGGAUCGCCUUCAGCUCCGAGCCUGGCACUCCUACCUGGACUGGGAGAUUGCGCUCCUAAAUACAGACAUCAAAGCCCAUGACCAAGAUUCAAACCAGGUAGCCACAGAGGGGUCAGAGGUAACGGCUCAGCCUUCGGAAGUGUCGGAAGCGGCCACAGUUGUUAAGGACGACCGCAGGGUUCGCAUCCUCUUUGAGCGUUGUCUGAUCGCUUGUGCUCUCUAUGAGGAGUUCUGGACCAGGUAUAUUCAGUACCUGGAGCCACAGAGUCUGGACGAGGCCCGAGCUCUUUACAAACGAGCCUGUGAGAUCCACUUGCCGCACAAACCCAACAUCCACAUGCAGUGGGCCACUUUCGAGGAGAGGCACGGUGAUUUAACUGAGGCUCGGCGAGUGCUGGAGGCACUGGAGAGAAAUCUGCCGGGGUUGGCAGUGGUCCGCCUCCGCCGGGCUGCUUUGGAGAGACGAGCAGGCCACCUGGACUUAUCAGAGUCCUUGCUGCAGGAGGCGGUGGCUGAGUCCAAAGAGAAGCCCACAAUGCACGCUUUCUACUCCAUAAAGCUGGCUCGCAUGCUGCAGAAACUGGGCAGGAACCCCAUCAGAGCCCGCAAGGUUUUACAGGAAGCGCUGGAGAUAAGUCCGGAUAAUGAUAAACUGCACUUGAACCUGUUGGAACUGGAAGUGUCAGGAGACCCCUGGGCCUCAGCUGAGGCAGUGCAUGAGUGUGUGACGCGAGCUUUGGCAGCUCCUCUUACCCCCCACACCAAGAUCCUCCUCUCACAGAGAGGCCUGCAGUUUGCAGAGGACUACAGCAACUCCAUCCAGAGUGUGCUGUCUCUGUAUGAAGAGCAUCAGAAACUGUUGAAGGAGCUUGGUGGUACAAAGAGAGAAGCAGAAAAUGGGGAGGGGGAGGAUCCAGAGAAACUGAUCAAGAGUGAGGACGGCUCUGCUGUUGCUGUAUCUGCACAAGUCCCACCUACCAUGCCUCACAUCCCCAUCACAACGCCCCCUCCGCCUGUGGUAGGCUCAGACGUGAGCGCACAGACCGGCUAUGGGGGAUACGGCAACUGGUACCAGCAAUCACAGUAUGGCAGCUAUGGCUAUGGUAAUAACACCUGGAACUACAACCAGGGCUACUACCCUCCCAGCUAAAGAGAGCAACAGUGAAGGUGGGGACAGAGACCACAGGAAGCAGGUUGACCGCAGACGACGUCAGAGCUGAAAAACAAGCUGAGUCAAAUUUCCCUCCGCGUUUCCUUUCCCCUGAGCCCUGGGUUUGUGAAAAAGCAGCAGGAGUUGAGCUCUUUUUAACGCGUCAGUGUCAUUUCAGUGUUGAGUCUGAGCAGCCGAUGGAGAGACGACAAAAGGAAAAGGGGACAUUGUUCUCGGUGUCUGCAUUUUAACAAGAACUCUUUUGUAUUUGUUUGCAAGGCAACCCCCGCUCCUUGAUCCGUAUUUUAAAAGUUACCCAAAUUAUCCACAACUUUACAGGUGCUGUAUCAUUGACAUUUUGUACCAUUCCACACAAUAGCCCAUUUGUUUGUUUUUUUUCUUGUGUAUAUAAAGUUGUUUUAUAGUGCGUCACAACA